CUUUUCUAUUUCUAAUCUAUCUACAAAUAAUUAUAUUACUAUUUCUUUUUUUUUAUAGUAAGUAAGUUCUCCACAGGUUAUUCACUGAAUCACUGUUACCUUACUGUCAAUUCACUGUCAAUUUACUAUCAAUUCACUGUUACUUCACUCUCUUCUUAUAUAUAUUACAUCUUUCUCUCUUCUCAUUCUCUCACUCUUUCUCUUCUCUACAUCACUCUCUUAAGUUGUUUCUGUCACUUCCUCCCUCCCUCUCUCUCAAUCUUUUACUAUCUCUCUCCUUUACACUUCUUCUUCACAACUAGACCGUCAUGGAGAAGGCUACCAGCAUCAAAAUGGCAGAAACGCCCGAAACGCCCGAAGAAACAGUCAUCCAUUGGUCGAGAGGUAACAAACACAGCUUAGAACCCUCCUCUGCAAGCAACAAUACAGCAGAGGUGACAGCGGCACAGGAGCUGGCCAAGAAAGGCAAAAGGGGACUGCUGGAGUUACUGAAACUCAAUUCCGAAGACGACUGGAGGGAGUGGUUAGUGUCAGACUUAGUCAAACCGUACUGGCUAGAACUUUGGGACUAUCUGGCGAAAAACCCGACUGCUAAGCAGAAGCGCGGAGCCGGGCUGGCCCGGAUCCAGGAGCUAAUAAUUAAAGGAGAAGCACGGGGCGUCGCGAAAUACAGCCGUCGCCAUGUCGAGAAAACCGGAUGGGAUCUUAACGAACACCUCGCAUACUUCGUCCAUAAUGUGAGAUCGGAAAACACGCACAGACGGGGGGGAGUGUUCUUUCAGAAGAACCUCCCUGAGAACAUCAUGGACACGGCAAUAUGGACUUUGAAGAACAUUCUCAUACAGAUGCAUAGCCCGUCGCAAAUAAAUAAGCCAAGUGGCGGAAAGGCGAUUUUCGGGGAGACCCUGCCAGAGUACAAAUCCAUCAAAGUGCACAACACUAGGGCGCAGCAAGCGGCCAAGGCAGGGGCUGAUUCCGCAGCUAAGAGCAAGGCGGACCCGAAGGAGGUACAAGAACCAGAGUCAGAUGGAGAAUCAUCGCUGUCAUCACUUGCAGACACAACCGAAGAUGAGUUCCGGGCAGAGGAGAUGGUCGCGACUGCUGAGAGUGCUGAAAGUGUGGAAACUGAUGAUGUCAGUGAUACCACACCAAGAAAACCCAAGCGCGUCAAGAAAGCAGUGGAUAUGAGGAAAAUGCUGGACAACCGCGUUUUCGAGUCAAGCGCAUACCAGACCGCAGAGAAUCUCCAGUGGUCGUUUGAUACCAGUACAGAUGCAAAUGAUCUGCUCAUCCAACCAACAUUGGAGGAUUAUGAGAGGAUCUCGAUGCAUGAAAAGUGGCUAGACGCCCAGGAGUACCAAUUCGAUAAUCACGAGGAGGCCUGCAGGAACCUGGGUAUUGUUGAUAAGGCGAACCCCCGAAUAAAGGGCAUGCAGCGCGGGCAAGAGCUGAAAUUUUGGCAGCCG